AACCUAAAUGUUUGAUUAUUCUUUAUAAUCAAUUUAAGACCACAGGUAGAAAACAUCUGAAUUGUACUAAGGGUCCACCACAGGUAGACACAUCCUCACCUGUGACCUCCAUGACUAACACUGUGUCUGUCUGUAAGGUGUUUCUUCAGGUUGAUUGACAGCUAAGUGGCCCUAUGAUGGAAGAGCUUCACGACGUCCAGCUGACUGAGAUCAAACCACUCCUAACUGGACAGAAUGGGAGGAAUCUGCAGGACUUUGACUGUCAGGAGCACGAUGUGGAGACGGCCCACGGUGUGCUGCACGUCACCAUGAGGGGGGUUGCUAAGGGCAACCGACCAACAAUUCUCACUUACCAUGACAUCGGACUGAACCAUAAGUCUUGCUUUAACAGCCUGUUUAACUAUGAGGACAUGCAGGAAGUGACGCAGCAUUUCUCCGUUCUGCAUGUUGAUGCUCCAGGACAGCAGGAGAAUGCUCCUGUGUUCCCCGCCGGGUACCAGUACCCCACCAUGGAUGAGCUUGCUGAGAUGCUGCCACCUGUCCUGACGCAGCUUCAGGUGAAGAGUGUGAUUGGUAUUGGCGUUGGGGCUGGAGCUUACGUCCUCACCAAACUGGCUGUGAGUACAUUAUGUCAGCUGUUAUGGUCAUAAGAGGACUGACAGCUGAGGAACUCCCAAAGCCUCAUUUUACUUUGAAUCAGACUUUAAUCACAACAUCCUGCUGAUGUUUAUCAAUGUACAGUGAUGAUGAUGAUGAUGGU